GAAGGCGACCAUUAUUGUAUGGCAGCAGCAGUGUACUUCACAACAUAAAGCUUCGGUCGCUGUUGAAGAGACAAAUUUACUGGGAUUUUCUCCAUUAAUUAGAUAACUAUCAUCUUCAGAGUAACGAACAGUGUUUUCCGUGACUAUCGGUUAUAUCUGUAGCGUAAAAAGUGGAACAAUUUACGAUUAAAAACCGAAAGAUUUGACGCUUGAAGGUUGUGCAAGAUUUUCAGGUAUGAACAGAGGAAUGGGAACGCCACAGAGAGACGUAGAAUCCUUGACGGAACAGGCGCGGGCUACGAAGUCGGGACGAAAAGUGAAGCGUCCAGCUCAUUUUGAUGAUUCGCCGGAAACAAAAAAAGCUGCACCUGCUUCGUCGAAAAAAGCAGCGGUUCUACAAAAUGUCGAAUCACCUACAGUAAAACCUGAAGCGGAGAUUGGAAAAAAAUCUGCCAGGAAAACCAUACUCAAAAGUUUGGACGAUACACCGAGCAAGAAUGGAGUUUUAGAACCGGAAACGACGAAAAAGUCGGCCCGGAAAACACUGCUUGUUGACGAGCAAAUGUUGGAUAAAAAAUCUGCUCGUAAAACUGCAUCAAAACAAGUGGAAACAACACCGACUAAGGACAAAACGCCGGAACCAGAAAUAGGUAAAAAAUCGGCCAAAAAGACCCUGCUGAAAUCGGCUGUUAAAAAUGCUUCUGUCGAGCAAGAGAAAGGCACACCGAAAAAGAAGGCCGAGCUAACUGCGGCUGAAAAGCAAUCUACCAAACAAGAAGAAAUGGAAGCUGUUGUUCUUGAAGCUGGAACAUCGCGAACCGGUCGGAAAAUCAAAGUUCCAGCUCAUUUGAAGGAAUUUGAAGAAGUUGUUGUGGCUAGUCCGAAGAAAGAGACAGCGGAAAAAUUGGUAUCGCGAAAAUCUUCAGCACCAAUACCGAAAAAGGAUACCCCCGAACCAAUUGAGGAAAAAACUAUUCCAAAGACUCCUGGAAGAGGUAAAUCGUUGGCUGUGUUGCGCAAGGAGUCAGGAACUGAGCCAGAGGAGGAGAAGAAGUCUACUUUAAAAACACCGAGAAGAGGAAAAUCGUUGGCCAUGCGUGGGGAACCUGAAUUAGAGUCUGACGAAACAUCAACUAUGGGCAAGCCUUUUGUGUCUCUAACUAAAACGUCGUCGUUGGAUUUGGAGGACGAUAAAACUUCUAAAGUUGGUAAAACGCCGAAACGAGGAAAAUCACUAGCCUCUGCGCUGAUGGAACCUGAACUUGGGAAUGAACUAACACCAUCAAAACGAGAAGUCACGGUUAAGUCUAUGCUGAAAACUGCAGAUAUUAACAAAGUUAUUUCUAUAAACUUGGUUAAGCAUGUAGGUACCGAAGACAAUAUAUCUCCGAAGAAAGCUACACCUACAUCGUCAGAGACUAUGCAGUUUUCGCCACUGAAACGCGGCAAAUUAAUGGUUGUUGCGACUCAGGUUGCUACUCCGGAGAACGCUACCAAAACAAAUAAAACAGCUGAUAACUUGGGUGAACCGAUUUCUCGAUCCGGAAGAAAAAUCAAACCAAAAAAAUAUUUUGGCGAAUUUGAAGAAGAGGAACCAGUGUCUAUCGUUGCUAAAACAGUAUCACCGAAUAAGGUGAUUCCCAAGAUGUCACCAUUGGCAAAAAAAGAUUCUUCGCAAAAGCCGAAAGUUCUAUCCCCUACAAAAAGGCUCUCACCAUCUAUGAAGGAACACAGUAGAACUGAAAUUUCUCCUCCGAAAAAAAUAAAAUUGGAUCCGCUGCCAAGAGUAUCACCCAAAGUGAAUAAAAUUUCCCCUAACACAGAAGAACGUCAAAUUACCGUGCGAGGAGGAAACGAUCAUCAUCACGGUGUGGACAAGCAUUCGGAUGAUACUUCUCCAGCCAACAGUUCAAAGGAAACGGCAGAUACUUCAUCUGGUGAAUCCACUUCAAACAAAGUACCAGUCGAGCGUAUUCAGUCGAACCAAGACAAGACGUCUCCUGCGAAAGCGACUUCAAAGCAGGAAAAACAAUCAGAACAGAAAGUAAAACGAGCUCGCAAGACUUUGCCUGCAGCCGAUGAACAAGCGCCGUCUGAAAAAGUUCCAAAGACACCGUCACGUAGAGUGACCAGCGCAGUUUUAACAGUACUCCCCGUACCCACCGACGAAGCUGCAAUCAAUAGCCGUUCCGGUAGAAAGAUCAAACCGAAAAAGUUUUUUGGAGAAGAUGAAACUGCAGUCACGGUUUCUGCUUCUAAAGCAAAAACUGUAGUAAAACCAGAAGGAGGACGUGGCCGACGCAAGACACUUGCGGCAGAGUUUAGUAGUGACGCACAGGAGAAAUCCAGUGGAGACGAAACAUCCACUUCGAAAAAAGAUGAUGCAAAGAUAGAAGGGGCACCCUCUUGUGAUGAAAUUCUAACCGUCAUGGGAGCUUCCCAGUCGGUAGUGUCGAUCGCGGGUGAUACACCGGAGGCGGAAAUGCCAGCAGCUGCUUGCGAGGAUCAGGACCACCAACAACAACUGAGCGGAGAAAAACUAUCGGAAGUCACCGAAACUGAGCAAGACAAGCUGGACCGAGAGGAGCUAUUCGAUAGCGUUGAAGCUGCCCUGGAGGAAAAUUUUCAGGACACCCGUAUAGAACAGACAGCGCCGGCACCGCAGCAGAUGAUAAAACUUCCCCCAAACGAUCCUGCACCGUUAGUUGAGCAGGAUCUAUUGCCACAGUUGGCCGAUUCUAGUGAUCCUGCCGUGGAAGCUGAUCCGGAGCCUUCUGCCGAGGUCUUGCCGUGUGGCGAAAAGGAGGGAAGCAUUCCGAAAGAUCUGUCAACCGCUGAGAUACAAGAAAGCGAUGAAAUUAUACAAGACGAUGUUCUCGAUGUACCGCAAGAAUUUGGUGAACAGCCCACUGAGUCGCAGCAAGAACCUGAUAACACACCUAGUGCUGAGUGUGAUGUUGAUGAACCAUCUAUCAACGCCACUGUGAAUUGUCAGAAAGCAGAAAUAUCAGCAGGAAGUUGCUUCUCAGAAGCCUUACAGGUUGACGAAGAAUUAGCCCCAACGCAAAAUGUUAACAACAGCAAGGAUGAACAUUUCGAAUGUCUGGAAUUUUUGGAAAACUCUGUCGCUGCUGUAAUACCAGAAACAGAGCAGUUGCUUAGCGAGACUCCGAUAUCUGCGAAUGGCAUGUUAAACUCGAAUAUCACCGAUAAUGAAUUGGCCAGUGCAACUUUGGAUGAUCAGCAACUUGUUGAACCGGUUGAUAACUUUGACGAAGCUCAAACAGAACAGGCGGAAACAUCAGCUACACCUGAGAUUGAAGACGAUCUGAAUGAUACCAAACCUCCCGACAUGAAUGACAUUGAUCUCGAUGAUGAAGAAAUUCCCGAUCACAUCAACUGCACCUACACGGAGAACGAUCGUGACAACGAGUCGAUAAUUGUAAUUCCGGAUACUCCAAUGAUCCCAAAUGUAAACUCUUCUGUACCAGCAGCACCUAAAACUCCCGAAUCUAAGGCAGCCAUGAGUGAGGAAAAAUUUUCACCUGACAAACCGGAGCAACAACAACAACCCAGCGUUCCGCUGCAAGUGAUUGAAAUUUUCGAUAGCCCGAUUGCGGCGGACGAUGCAUCAGAGCGAACCGAUAUAAAAAGUACGACUAGCACCCCCCUGAAACAAGCGAAAGACGCGCCAGCAAAACUAACCGCUAUGGAGCGCAUCAUUCAGAACAGUCGCAAACGUUCCCUGUCCGCCGGCGAUGCUGAGGUAUCUAAAAAGAACGUGACAUUCCACAGUCCGGCUAAUAGUACCAUUCUAGUAGACACGAUCGAUGAGCGGUUGAAGAAAAGUGUCAACAAAACAGGCAGCAAUCAACGCAAACGGUCAUUGUCGGAGCAUAGAGAUUUGACCGUCAGUGAUGGCGUGAAACCGGCUAAGGUAACCAAACUACCCAACUUCAGAUCAAUCCAUCAGCAACAGUUUAACCGCAUGGAGUCAAUCCAAGAGUUCCACAACAGGAAGGUCCAGCGCGCUAAGGUACUUGCUACUAGCGGUGCUAAGAGUCCCGCAGCAGCUUCGUUAAUAAAGUCAGAUUCAAACACACCGCACAAGUCAACAGUAGUUCCCGUUAAAUCACCAUUUAAAAGUGGAAACGGCACCUCUUCAGUCAAAACGAAAUCAUUCAUCUCUCGGCCGAAAAUCGGCGGUAUGAAGCCCCUCUCCGACAACGACCGAAUGGAGAAACGACAACAGCAAUUCCAGGCGGCAUUCAAACCAAAAGUCGUCAGCAGCAGCAGCUGUAGUAGCAGCAGCAGCAGCUCGAGUAGCAAGGACACUUCGGAUGGAGCGCGUCGCAUUAUCGAGCAGAGUCGCCACAAGCAGAGCCAGAUCUUGAAAGGUGUUCGAACGAACAAACGGUUCGAACUGCUGAUGAAAUUCCGCGACACUCAGGAAUAGAUCGCUUGGAAGGAGUUCUCAUGUUGAUUAUUUUACAUUACACAGUGUUUCCCAGUUUACUGUUUGGUGACCCUUCAUUCUAGUGUAGUACUGUACUUUCAAUAUUUUUAUCACUAUUAGUUUUUAUUCGUUUAAAGGGACAUUUACUAACAUGCUUUAUUAAACAUAUAUGAACAUUCAUAAAAAAUGUGUACAUCGCAUUGCAAUUUAACGAUUAUGUUGUCUGGAAAGUCAGCCAGUCAAGUGGAAGGGACAGGCACAAGUUCAACUGCGGAAUUUCUUGGCCUGAUUUUAGCAAAACAAAACAAAAACUUGAUAGUUGUUAGAGGAUAAGAUUUAUUUUGACGGCUUCAGAGCCGUGAAUAUGUAAAGAAAUAAUCCACGUCUACAAUAUGAACACAUUCUAUCAAUAAAUGAAAAACUAAAGAUUA